AUGGCCAAAAAUGCUAUUAACUGUGAAGGAUGCCAUAGGUUAGGAGAUUUUUUGGAAGCUGUCAAGAAAGAUUUUCAUAAAGCUUCUAAAAUUUACAAGUUCAACUGCGAUGACUAUAAGUAUGGGAAGAGCUGUUUCAAGUAUGGAAAUUAUAGUUUUCUAGGAAAAGGUUGCAAAGCAGACCUUGACAGGGCUUUUGAAUACUAUAGUAUAGGCUGUGAGAAUGCUUCCCCGGAAUCUUGCCUGCAUGCUGGAUUAAUGCUUACCUCCACAAAAAAGGAGGAAAAAAAACCUUGGAAGAAAGACUAUGUGAAGGGUUUAGAAUUUCUGGAUAAAGGCUGUCAAGGAAAGAAUGGUACAAGCUGCUAUUUUGCUAGUGGAAUUUUUAUUACUGGUGCACCAGAUGUUCCAAAGAACAUGGAAAAGGCUUUUGAAUACAGUCAGAAAGCUUGUGAGCUGGACAAUAUUCAUGCUUGUGCAAAUUUAAGUCAGAUGUAUCGUAAAGGUGAUGGUGUCAAAAAAGAUACAUCUUUAGCUCAGAAAUACAAGGACAAAGCUCUAGAGAUGCAAGAACAGAUUAAAAAGGGAUUUCGACAGAUAGAAUUUGAACAGGGAACAUAACACUUCCAAGUUAACCAGUGUACUUGGAUUUUUUUUUUUUCCUUUUUGUAGAAUAAAGUUAAAUGUUACCAGAUAUUCUUGAAAUAUUCUGUGUACAUUAUGUGCACUUUGACAGCAGUAUAUGUUACAAAUUAUGAAGAAUAAUCUGGAUUAAACUAUCUGUUUCAUAGAUAUUACCCAAUGUUGUUAAAUAAAGAAGUUAAAUGAUA